AGCAUUCAAGGCGAUUAAAUGCAGAGUGAGGAGACAUCAUUACAGCCUUCCACUAUUUAAAGGGGCUUAUAUAAAAUGAUGGACAGCAACUUUUUACAUGGGCAGAUAAUGAUAUGACAGUUUCAAGUGGGAACAGUUUUAAACCAGGAAAAGAGAGAUUUAGGUUAGGAAUUAGGAAGAAAUUAUUCCCUGCGUGGGUGGUGAAGACCUGGUACAGGUUGCCAAGAGAAGAUGUGGCUUCCCCAUCCUUGGAAGUGUCCAAGGCAAGGUUGGAUGGGGCUUGGAGCAGCAUUGUACAGAGGGAAAUGUCCCUGCCUAUGGCAGGGAUGUAGAAUCAGGUGGGCUUUAAGGUACCUUCCAAUCCAAACCCUUCUGUGAUUCAAUGACUAAAUCAGAGAACAGCCAAGUUUGAAAAUGACCCUCAAUAUAAUAACCCUGUCCACCCUCCCUGCUCAAACCAGAGCAGCUGCAGGGAUGCCCAGUAGCCUUCCUUGAGGGGACCCACAUCCCCAGUGCACACCAAGGCAAGUGAGAGCCCGGAGCGCAGCACCGCCCGUGCCCUACGGGCGCACAGGGCCGUCCCUGACAGCUCAGCGCAAUGCGGAUCCAGGGAGGCAGGCGAGAUCCCCGCGGCCUGCUGCUGCUGCUGCGGCGAGGAGACGGGAACUCCCCACAGGAGCAAGGCCUGCGAUCCCCAGCACAGAAUCAACUGGGCUGGAAAAGCCCUCUGAGAUCAUCGAGUCCAACCUCGAUGCUGCAGGAGGGAAGGACCCGAGGUGGGAGAACCAAGCACGGCAGCGGCCCCAGGACCUACACAGUGAAUUUGCCCAGCAUCCAAAGGGCCAUGCAGGCUGUGGGGUACCAUCUGAAGGAUCAGGGCUUGAACCUGCUCAUCAACAACGCAGGCAUCAGCUCCCACGCCACACUGUGCUCCCUGGACUCACAGGAGAUGCUCAACGUGUUUGCCACCAACGUGGUUGGGCCACUCCAGGUUGUCAAGGAAUUUCUGCCGCUCCUGGAGCAGGCGGCGAAGGGCGCGGGAAAGGAGGGUGUGAGCUGCAGCAGGGCUGCUGUCAUCAACAUCUCCUCCAAACUGGGCUCCAUCGGGCUGUGCCUCCGCGUGCCAGAGGCCCCCAUGUACCCGUACCGGGCCAGCAAGGCUGCCCAGAACAUGGUGACGAGGUGUUUGGCUGCAGAACUCCAGGACAAGGGGAUCUUGUGCGUGGCCAUCCAUCCUGGCUGGGUGAAGACUGACAUGGGCACAGAGGAGGCACCACUGACAGUGGAGCACAGUGUGAGGGGCAUCCUGACUGUGCUGGCCAGCCUCUCACAGGACACCUCUGGAGCCUUCCUCGACUGGGAAGGGAACAGCCUGCCCUGGUGAUGGACAAAUGGAUGGCACCUCUUGCCAUGCUGAAGCCUCUGCUCACUGGCUCAUCACUGCGUGGUCACCCCUGCUCACCCUCAGCCCUCUCCACACUACUGGGGAGAGGGAAUAGGCUUGGGAAACAGCCUCUCUCCUUUCCCACACCAUGUGUUCCCUGUGUUCCCUCUGUACCCCUCACCUCUGUAAACUCUGGCAGCUGAUGCCUCUCUGUUCUGUCUCCACGCCCAGUCUCAAAGCCCCAGUCUGAGCCUGGGGCAGGAUCCCAGUGCUCUGCCCAAGCUCUGUGUGUCCCUCAGUCCCACCUGUGACAGACAUCCCCCAGCUGAGGGGAGAGGGCAGCUGGUCCCUGUGACCCCCAGCCCCUCAGGCAGCUCAGCCUGGGCAGGGGAAAGCCAGUCCUGCAGGGGCUCAGAAGAUCUCUCUCCUCUCAGCAGAGGGACCCUGCCCCAGCUUCCCCAGAGGGCAGUCACAGUGCCAUGGGACCUGCUGGCUGUCACUCAUGUGGAUGCCAGUGACAG